AAUGAUGGACAAAAGUGGGUAAGUCAGUGGGAAUAGAGGUCUCUGAUACCAAACACAAACCCUUUUUUCCACACUUUUCUCCCCUCUAAUCACUCUCUUCUCUCUCUCUCUUGUUGACUGUAAAAAAAAAAAAAAAAUCACUCUCUUGUCUUUGUCGUCGUCCCCUUUCCUCUUUCGUCCUACUUGUAAUGUGUACCAUGACAAAAAAAAAAGAGAGAGAGUCUUUUUGGUGUUUAAAUUUCCCAUUUUUUGUCAAAUCUGCUUCUCGAGCUUAACUAGCGAGAGAAGGAACGAAACACAAAAAAGGCAAGAGGCUUUCUUGUCGUAGUGAGAAGAAGAAUCUCAGUGAAAGAGAGAAUUGGAGUUGGGAUUGCAUUGUUAAUCUUUGAAUCAAAAUGAGUGCAGCAGCUACAAUGCCUAUGCCCCGUGAAGCGUCUAAUUACGAUGAGAUCUCUAUGCAACAGAGCAUGCUCUUCUCUGAUAGUCUUAAGGAUCUAAAAAAUCUGAGAACGCAGUUGUAUUCAGCAGCUGAGUAUUUCGAACUAUCCUACUCUAAUGAUGAACAAAAACAGAUAGUCGUGGAGACACUGAAAGAUUACGCGUUAAAGGCUCUGGUGAAUACAGUUGACCAUUUGGGCUCUGUUACUUAUAAAGUCAAUGACUUUGUUGAUGAAAAAGUUGAUGAAGUUGCGGGAACUGAACUACGAGUGUCUUGCAUUGAACAGAGGCUACGGAUGUGCCAAGAGUACAUGGAUCAUGAAGGUCGUUCACAGCAAUCACUUGUGAUCGACACUCCAAAGUUCCACAAGCGAUACAUCUUGCCUUCGGGGGAAAUCAAAAGAGGUGCCAACCUCGCAGAGCUGAAGAAUGUUGAAGGUAGUUUUGAUGGAGAAGAAGGCUUGAACCAAUUUAGAAAUGCUGUUCGUGCUACAAUUCGGGAAACGCCUCCAGCACCAGUAAGGAAACCAAUAGUUCAGUCUCCGUCUCUUAGGAAACCUCAACGUUCAGCAACCUUUUCGUUCUCCUCUAUCGCCACGGCACCAAAGAAAGAACAAGAUAAGAGAGCAGUAUCACCACAUCGGUUUCCACUUCUAAGAUCUGGUUCAGUUGCUAUUCGACCUUCAUCAGUUAGCCGGCCAACGACCCCGAGCAAGAGUAGAGCGGUAUCUCCAACUCCUAAACGGUAUCCGUCAGAACCGAGGAGAUCAGCUUCGGUUCGGGUUGCGUUUGAGAAAGAAGCCCAUAAAGAACCAGAGCAUCAACAACAACAGAGCAAGAGCAAACGGCUGCUCAAGGCACUGCUUAGCCGACGCAAAACCAAGAAGGACGAUACGCUCUACACUUACUUGGACGAAUAUUGAACCGACAGCUGGUUUUGUAUUUCAACUGGUAAACCGGAAAUUACAUUCCAAUUUUAUUGCAUUUUUGUGUAAUAUAAUAAUGUCAAUAUAUAUGUUUUUGUUACAUUUUUUAUGUGAAUGCAAUAUUUCUUACAAGCAUACUAGAAAAAAAUUCACCAAUUUAAUCAAAUACACUACAAUUUUACUUC